CUCAGUUGAAAGCGUGAGGUUGAGAGAGAGGUUGUUGCGUAUGUCGCUCCGUGUUGUUGUUUUAAUUCAUGUCCGAAUUGUGAACCGUAUCGGUGAAAUAUCAGUGCUGAAUGUUCCACAAAUUGCGCACAUCCUGCGAAAACGCCGUUGACAGUGCUGGUGGCGAGAGAAGCGAUUCUGGAUGCAACGGACUCGGAUAGGAAAUGUGUGUAGUGAACCUUAGUUGAGAGCCAAGAGAAAAACACGCUGGGUGGUCUUUCCUAUACUUAUGUAUAUACACGUCUCUAUAUAUACCAGCGCACAUAUGUAUUGCUUUCAUCUCUCUUCUUAUGCUUAUGCGGAAUGAAAGAAAAAAUAGAUAACCACACGUGGGAGUGCUUAUAGUGAAAAAUUCAAGUGAAUUCAGUGCCUUCGAGCGUUUGAGGGGCGCGGAGCGCUGCCAAGGAUUGGGCAGAGGAUCAGGACUUCUCUCGGUAUUCCAUCUCCUAACACCAUUAUAUCGUAAUAAUGGUGUUAGACGACUGAAAAGAGGUGGGAGAGCAGCGCGAGAGAGCGAGAGAGAGAGAGAGAGAGACUUUCUAAGAUAUCACAGAGCCUGAGAACACACGCACAGAGAUGCACGAACUUCCUCGUGUUCCGGACUCCCACGGGGAUCGCAUCGACGAGAAGCUCUUCUCAGAUCUGUACGUGAGGACGAGCUGGGUGGACGCGGCCACGGCGUUCCAGCAGAUUGAGAGCGGCAAGGCGAGAGGACGUCGACUGGCUGUGUACAUUAGAUCUGUGCUGCAGUUCCACCUCUACUCGCUGGGAUGCUACCUCCAGAAGCACGCCGGGAAGGUCAUCUUCGUGGCCAUCCUCGUGCUCAGCUCCUUCUGCGUGGGGCUCAAGAGCGCAACCAUCCAUUCCAAAGUGCAACAGCUGUGGAUUCAAGAUGGAGGACGUCUGGAGGAGGAGCUCAAGUACACGCUAAAGUCACUCGGCGAGACGGGCUCUUCGACGCAUCAGCUCGUGAUUCAGGUGUCCAAGGAGCCGAACGCGUCGAUUCUGCACACGCACGCGCUCAUGAUACACCUGGAGGUGCUGAGGCGAGCCACUGCGGUGACCGUGCACAUGUUCGACACGACUUGGGGCCUCAAGGAUAUGUGCUACUCAAUGAACGCCCCGAACUUCGACGUCCACCUCAUCGAGCAGAUCUUCGACAACAUCAUCCCUUGUGCCAUAAUCACGCCGCUGGAUUGCUUCUGGGAGGGCAGUAAGCUGCUGGGGCCUGAAUUUCCCGUUCACAUACCAGGUUUGGCCAAGAAACUUCAGUGGAGCUCCUUGAAUCCCCAGCAUUUGCUGCGGAACAUGGAGGCUCUCAACUACCAUUUCCCAGCGAAGACGAUUGAGAAGUAUCUGAAGGGCGCAGGAAUAACCACGGGUUACACGGAGAAGCCGUGCUUGGACGUUCGAGAUCCUCUGUGUCCAGAAACGGCGCGCAACAGAAACUCCACUCAGUCGCUGGACAUUGGCGCCGAACUGACCGGUGGAUGCUACGGCUAUGCGGCAAAGUACAUGCACUGGCCAGAGACGCUGAUCACUGGCGGCGGCGAGCGCAACAAAACGGGCCAUCUGAAGAAGGUCACAGCUCUGCAGUCGGUGGUUCAGCUGAUGGGCGAGCGCGAGAUGUACGAGUACUGGAACAAUCACUACAAGGUGCAUCACGUGAGCUGGAGUCAGGAGAAGGCCACUGCGGUGCUGACUGCCUGGCAGAAGAAAUUCUCAGUUGAGGUGAGCGGCAACAGACUUGCAAUCCUGUUGGCGAAUGUGCAAAAACUCCGUGUUGUUUCCUUCCAGGUGAGCAAAAUCGUGAAAAUGGAUGAAUUGACGACGUCAUACAACAUGUUCGCCUUCUCGUCGGCCUCUCUGGAUGAGGUGCUGAAGAAGUACUCAAAUCCCAGUCCCAUGGGACUGACAAUUGGGAUGGUGACUAUCGUCGUGUACGCGGGAAUUGUGCUGUCGAAUUUCCAAAAUCCCGUCCGGAGCCAAAUGGGCCUCGGAAUAGCCGGAGUUCUGCUGAUGGGAGUUUCGACAGCGGCCGGCUUGGGCUUCUGUGCACUCCUUGGGAUUUCCUUCAAUGCCGCCACGACGCAAGUUGUGCCCUUCUUGGCGCUGGGAUUGAGUGUGGAUCACCUGUUUCUCCUGUCGCAUGAAUACUCGAAGCAGAGCAACGAGGAGCAAACGGCGGCGAUCUUGAAGAAAGUGGGACUGAGUGUGUUUGUGAGUGCAGCUUGCACAACUGGUUCCUUUCUCGCCGCCGUCCUGAUUCCCGUGCCAGCACUGCGUCUGUUCUGCCUGCAAGCCGCCAUCCUGCUCACCUUCAACCUCACCACAGUCGUGAUUGUCUUCCCGGCGCUCAUCUCUCUCGACAUGCGUCGCCGGCGCGCCAACCGCAUCGAUCUGCUGUGCUGCUGUCUGCCGCCGAUGCCCGAGAAGACGCUGAAGCAGCACAACAAGGCGAUGGCCAUGAACUCGGACAUCAAUUCGGAGUGCUCCUUCGGGAACUUCCUGCGCUUCUCCCUGGGCGAGUUCAUCGAGAAGUGCUACGUGCCGUUCCUCAUGAAGCGCAUUGUGAAGAGCUGCGGCAUGACUGUGUUUGCCAUAGCGCUGGCUUUUGGCCUGUACGGCACUCUGAAGCUGCAAGACGGACUCGAGCUCACCGAUUUGGUGCCCAAGAACUCCGAGGAGCACAGAUUUCUGCACGCGCAGGAGAAGCUUUUCGGCUUCUAUUCCAUGUUCGCCGUGACGCAAGGGGACUUCGAGUAUCCGAUGAAUCAAAAGCUGCUGUAUGAAUACCACGAGGCCUUCGUCAGGGUGUCGCACGUGAAGAAGAAUGACAACGGAGGCUUGCCCAAUUUCUGGCUCGGCCUCUUCCGCGACUGGCUGCUGGAUCUGCAGAAGGCGUUCGACAAAGACUACGCCCAGGGCAAGAUUACGCAAGAAAGGUGGUUUGCCAAUGCUUCGGAUGACGCUAUUCUGGCAUACAAGCUUCUCGUGCAAACCGGGCACGUGGACAAUCCGAUCGACAAGAGCCUGACGACGCAGAAUCGCUUGGUGGAUCACGAGGGAAUCAUCAAUCCGAAGGCCUUCUACAACUAUCUGUCCGCCUGGGCGUGGAAUGACAUCUUAGCCUAUGGAGCAUCACAGGGCAACCUUCGGCCGGAGCCUCGCGAAUGGUAUCACUCACCCAGUGAUUUUGAACUCAAGAUCCCAAAAAGUGCGCCUCUGACUUACACGCAGUUGCCCUUUUUCCUACACGGAUUGCACGACACGACGGAAAUCAAGGCGACAAUCAUGCAAAUCCGCGAGAUUUGUGAGAAAUUUGAAGCUCGCGGCCUUCCAAACUACCCAUCAGGAAUUCCCUUCACUUUCUGGGAGCAGUACAUGAAUCUGCGUGAGAACUUGACUCUGGCUCUGGGCGCAGCUCUGGGAAUGACGUUCAUUCUCGUGGCUAUUGCGCUCCUGUCGCUCUGGGGAGCUUUUCUCAUCGUCUUCUGCGUCGUAGCGACUCUCGUCCAGCUCCUCGGCAUGAUGACGCUGCUCGACAUCAAGCUCUCCGCAAUUCCGGCCAUCAUUCUCGUCCUCAGCAUUGGCCUCAGUGUGUGUUUCACGAUUCACAUAUCACUGGCGUUCAUAACUGCGGUCGGGGGGAAAGAUCGACGCGUGCGGAUUGCGCUGGAGUACGCUCUGACGCCGGUGAUUCACGGCAUCGUGACGACGACUCUGGCCGUCGUGAUGCUGUCCACGUCGCCCAUCGAGUUCAUCGUGCGGCACUUCUUCCUGCUGCUGCUGUCCGCCGUGUUCAUCGGGGCGGUGAACAGCCUGUUCUUCUUCCCCAUCCUGCUGAACUUGAUCGGGCCGGCGGCGGAGAUUGUGCCACUGGCGAAUCCCAAUCGCAUCUCCACGCCGUCGCCGCGGCCGUGCCGCCGCAUCCGCAAGAGCAGCAAAGUAGUGACUAUGAAGGAGAGGAAUCCGCUGAGGGACGGCUCCGGUCCGUCGGCCAGGCAAGCGAGGGGCGUGGCUGCCAUGGAGAAGGAGCCCUCGCUCACGACCAUCACGGAGGAGCCGCACUCGUGGCAGAGCUCGGCGUCGUCGGCGCACGAAGUCACGCCCGGAGUGCGCAACAUUACCCUGCAACCCGAAGUUACCGUGCAGCAAGAGGCGCAGGAGGGCAAAGUACAAACUGUCACGAUACGGUCGUCGCUCAAGUCGCAGAGUCUCGAUCUGGAGACCAUCCAGCUGAUAUCCCUGACCGACAAGGCGGAGAGCAGGAAUCACGCCACGCCGUCCGUCGUGAAGACAGAGGUGGAGCUCGUGACGCCCAGAUGUUGCCCGGCAUCCGGAAACAGUAGUUAGCGCAUAAUUUUAUCUGCCCU